CUCGCGCCCAUCGGUAGCGUCCAGUAAUAACCAGGACAAUAUGUAAACUGCAGAACCCGGAGUCGCCCACCGUGCUCGAGUCUUCCACUCAGGAUCAAUCCCACUUCUCGGAUAGGGACUUGUGCUCGUCACCGAGCCGCGCUUGCCUCGCCGCCGCCUACUCGCAGCUUUGUGCUCCGGCUGCGGAAGCGGCGUUCGAGCGCCACGCCGUUCGAGCAAUGCAGAUAUUGGCCCUCCCUCCUCUUACUUCACUCCCCCCAACGCCGCUUGGGCGACGUGAAGAGCCAGUCUCCCGCCUGGCCAAACUGCAGAACCAGUUCAGCCCCGCCAGGUCUGGACAGCACAGCUAUCCCUCCCCGCCCAUGUCAGAUUCCCACUCUCCCUCCAGACGCUCAGCACAUCUGGUUGAACCCGUCUACCCUCCAUACCACGCUCCCGUCCAUGACGUACGCAGGCUAGACUCGUUCGCGCCGCCGCCGCUGCCGCCUCCUCCUCCACCGCCUUUCGAUCACCGUCCCGUCGAUGGCCCGCAGCACUUGCAGCACCAACCACCACUCUACCCUGGGGAAGCAGCUCCAGCACCACCUCAUCCGUAUUCCUCACAAAGCCAUGGAUUCGACCCAGGUCACUAUGGCAGCGUUCCGCCAAUGCAACCCUACUACAUGUAUCCCCCUCCUCAUGUCCCUGCGUAUCACAGCACCCAACCUUCAGGACCCCAAGGUGCUCUACCUCCUGCCAUUAUCCCGCAACAAACGAUAAGGCAGAAACCGGCAAGGAGGACAAAAGCGCAUGUGGCGUCUGCAUGCGUCAACUGCAAAAGGGCUCAUUUGAGCUGUGAUGUCCAGCGACCAUGCGGGCGAUGCGUCACCUCGGGCAAACAGGCAAGUUUCUCCCAAGAAUUUGAAGCGAUGGGCAUGACUCUGACUCUGAUGACUCUUUAGGAUUCGUGCAAGGAUGUACAGCACAAGAAGAGGGGACGGCCCAGGUUGAGAGAAAACGUGGAAUUCGGAAAAGGCGAGGAAGGACGACGUUUCGGCGAGCUUGGGGUGCUGAAACCUGGGGUGUUCGAUGGCCUUACAAGACCUUCUUC